AGAAAGAGCUAUUUCUUGGUGACUUCAGCCUGUGGAGAUGUUGCUGUGGAAGUACUGAAGCUCCCACUCUGCUUGUCUGUUUAAAAGGUUUUGAGACCUCACAGAACAACAACGCGGACCUGGGGCCACACAGGUGUUGAGAAGAACCAACCAUGGACAGAAAAGAUGAGCACCACUUGUCAUCAAAACAUCCCUAUGUUUUCCGCAUCCAAGAUUUCAACCAGCAAGUGUUGGCCCUGCAGAAUAACACUCUCAUAGCAACGCCACACAGCGACCACGUGACUCCUGUCAUUUUGGAAUCGAUGCCAUGUAGAGCCAAAGAAUACCUUGUGAGAGACAAAGGGACAGCUAUUUAUCUGGGAAUACAGAAGAAAGAACUCUGUUUGUUCUGUGAAGAAAGUGGAGGGCAGCCCACCUUGAAGUUGCAGAGUAAUAAUGUAAUGGCCCUGUACUCUUCAGAGAAUGCACAGAAGCCUUUUGUCUUCUACCAAAAUCAGGCUGAUAGCACAUCAACCUUUGAGUCAGCUGCGUAUCCUGGAUGGUUCAUGUGUACCUCAAACGAGAAGGACCGACCUAUCACAAUGACACAAAACGGAGGGACAAAGUAUAAUACAGUCUUUAGUUUAACAUCUGUGAGCUGAGCUUGGGAUGGGCAACCUCAGCCGCAAAAGAACCUGACCUUGUUGUAAAGUAGGGACUCUCAACCUUUUCUUUUUCUUUUUUUCAAUGUCAUAGACUCCUCCAGUAUUCUGGCGAAGCUUAUGGGUACACAUGAAAUAACCCUUCUCAGAAUCAUGUUUUUAAUUAAUAAAAUUCAUAAUUUAAUUAAUAAAAAUACAGAGAAUCACAAAGGA